UUUCAAUCAUAAGUGCCAGCCAGCCUUAGGAACAUGGCACUUUGGAGAGAGCUAAGGGAAUAUGAACUCAAUCAACCUAAAGCACAAAAACCCUGAACCCACUUCUUUGAUCACUCUUAUUGGGUUUAGUUUGACUGUGAGUCACAUAUGGGAGAUUAUAACAAGAAUUUUAGUUUAGUUUUUUUAAACAAAGGCAGCAUUUGCUGUGAGACAGACAGGUGAACAAGCCUCCAGACUUCCAAGAAGACAGACCUGACAGUGCCGCAGUCAUGGGUGAGUGGGGCUUCAUCGGUGGAUUCUUCGAUACCCUCCAGAUACACUCCCCGAUGCUGGGUCGUUUCUGGCUCUUCCUCAUGCUGGUGUUUAGGAUAGUGAUCCUGGGAACUGUGGCCAGUGACAUGUUUGAGGACGAGCAGGCGGAAUUUAUCUGUAACACCCUCCAGCCAGGAUGUAAGCAGGUGUGUUAUGAUGAGGCUUUCCCCAUCUCCCAGUACAGAUUCUGGGUGUUUCAUAUAGUCCUCAUCGCUACACCUUCUCUGCUUUUCCUUGUUUACGCCACACACCAGCAUAACAAGAGUGCCAAUCAAGAGAGCAGCGAGAACAGAGAAGAAAAAGCUUUAAGGAGGCUUUACAUUAUCACUGUGAUCUUCCGCAUAGUGGCAGAAAUUGGCUUCCUAAUUACCCAGUGGUAUCUCUACGGCUUUGAGGUGAAGGCCUAUUUUGAAUGUAGUCGUUCUCCCUGCCCCCUAACAGUGAAGUGCUACACCUCCCGCCCUAAAGAGAAGACAAUCUUCCUCUUUUUCUACUUUAUUGUAGGGGUGAUAUCAGCAUUUUCCAGCAUUGUGGAGCUUGUCUACAUCUCUAGGAAGUGGUUUUGCUCAGAACAGGAGGACAAAAUCUACUACUGUGACUGCGAGAACCUCCACAACCUCAAGCAAGAGGAGACGCAGGAGAAAUCGGGAGGAAAGACGAUGUCAGUGAGCACGGCCAGCAGUGUGAAAGUGAAGAAGGGAUCAGUGAGAAGCAGCUCCGGUCGAAAGGUCUAUUGCAUCGAUCACAAGUGCAAGAGUCCAAGAGGAAAAUAUGUGAGAAGGAAGAUGCUUAAGGUGUGAGAUGACUCUGCAAUCAUAGCAUCCUCCUUUUUCUAUUUUAAACUCACAACUGCAUUUCUAAUUCCAUUUCACUUGAAAGAACUGCACUGUUUAGGAGUUUUUAUGCACUUCACAAAAAAAAAAAUGCAUGGGCAACUGACCCAUCAAAUUUCAGGAAAUGAGUAAAGACAACACAGAUGAUAAGAAGGACAAGAAGGAUGCAUGCGAGACAUUGUUGACUCGUUCGUUCUGGUGACAGAUUAAAGGCUGAAAACUUUCUGGAAUACACUUGAUAACAUUUGCUUAAGACUGAUUGCAUUUUGUGUUUGUGUUUUACCCACUUUAAAGGACAAAUCCGCCCUGAGGCAGCAGGUGAAGAUUAAUUUAUUUAAGCAGGUCUUGAAAGUGAAGUUAGGCUUUGUAAAUGGAGGCAUCUGUCUCUAUCCAGUCUGUAAUGUUGGAAUUAUUUCAAGGUAGGGUGACCAAAUUCCCAGCAAAGUAAAUGUGAAGACAAAGUGGGAUGCAUCAACUUUAAAAAUACAAAUACACCAAAUUCUGCACGUUAUCAGAUUGUAGCAUGUACAUGCAAACUCUGUUACUCGGAAUAUAUCACUGCUUCAUUUCAUUCGAGGUAGUUUCCAUCGUAUUCACCAAAAUCUGCAAAGCUUUUACUCGACUUGAAGCCACUUGUGAGUAUAUCAUUAGGCGCGUUAACCUUCUGACUAUCAGAAAAAGCCUUCCCUUCUGUUUUAAAUGCCAGACUUCAGUAAAGGGCACAUCCAGCAGUACUAGUCAAAAUGUGUGGCAUUGUCUCAAGAUGUGGGAGAGGGGUACAAGAAAUAAAAAUGCCGUACAGUCCCACAUAAAGAGGGACGUCUGGUCACCCUGUUUUUCAGGGUUUUUUCACUGUGUUUUUUGAGUUUCUUACAGAGAUUUAAGAGUUUCCAUAACUGUCAGGGGGCUGGGUCUGCGACCCAGCAUUUUCACUUUUGUUGUAUUUUUGAAUUCUUAUGUUAUAUUGAAAUAAUGUUAAGUUCUACUAUUAUUAUUAUUAGUUUGUCUGAGAUGAAUUUUAGUUAAUAUUUCCAUGCCCCCUGGUUUAUAUAUCAUGUUUUCUCUCCAGUCUGUCAUGUGUUUCAUCUCUGUGUGUCCACAUUGUAAAGUUUGUGUGUCAUGUCUA